GGUUGCUUUAUGCCACCAACCCUUUUGCUUCUUUAGUGCGACAGAGUGAGGGCCGACUCACUCAUCAACCUCUUGCCGCCCUGAGAGAGACAGAGGAGGAAGAGGAAGCGGAAGAGCUUACGCAGUCAUGGCUUCAAGGUUGAUGUGGGCUUCAAGGGCAGCUUCUCGCCUGAGGGUCUCCGUCUUCAGCAGAGGCCUUGCUACCGUUCCCAAGGACCUUAAGUAUGCUGACUCUCAUGAGUGGGUAAAAGUCGAGGGCAAUUCUGCAACUGUUGGCAUAACUGACCAUGCCCAGGACCAUCUGGGGGAUGUCGUCUAUGUUGAAUUACCAGAAGAGGGGUCCACCGUGGCACAGGGCAACGGCUUCGGGGCCGUUGAGAGUGUCAAGGCCACCAGUGAUAUCAUCUCCCCUGUUUCAGGAAAGGUUAUUGAAGUCAACGAGGAGCUCAGUGACUCUCCUGGACUCGUCAACUCAAGCCCCUACGAGAAGGGAUGGAUUAUAAAGGUGGAGCUGAGCGAUUCAAGUGAAGUGGAGAAGUUGAUGGACUCAGACAAGUACUGCAAGUUCUGUGAAGAAGAAGAUGCAGCCCAUUGAGUUAUUUUCCCUCAGGAGCUGAACAAAAAUAAAGCGGAAGGCUCAACUCAAUUAUGUCGUCGGGAUCGGAAGAUUGAAGGAAGCUUGAAAACUUACCCGGGUUUUUCAUGAAUUAUGUUUUCUGAGGAUUACUUAGGAGUUUUUCGUAGACUAGAGAGAUGAUUUCAGGCUUUGCAAUGUCGUCGUCGAUGACUUCAUGUUGAAUGUCUUGAAUAAAAUGAUCGAUGUUCAGGUGUUUCCACAUGAAAGCAUGGGUUAUUGUUUUCUUCACUCU